CCAUAGUUCUCAUUCACUUUGACUGUACUUGAAUAUUUCAUUAUGUUCUUGCCUGGACAUUCUUUAAAAAUUCACAUUUUGUGUUACAAGAGAGAAAGAAAACCAUUUUAAAUGACAUGAGGAGGAAUAAAUUAUUAAAUUUUUGAGUGAUUUAUUCCCAGUGCAGUCUCAGACUGAAUUCAAUGUAUUCUUGCCUUGUUAUGGAGCAAAUAAUGUAUUUCCACUUACAAUUACGCAAUCAUCUAAAAUGUAAAAUUUCUACACAUAUUUAGUUUGUAUGUGUUUAGUUAUCGGCCACUGUUUUGGAACCAGGUUGCCGUGGGUCAGAUGGAAUCUGUUGGGAUUUUGAUUCCUUUAAUAAACAGGCGGUUUGUUUGGCAGGAGAAGUACCCAGACGUGGUCAGCCUUCCAGAGGGAUGCAGAUCUGAGCUCAUGAUUAUAAGGAGUCCUCAACUGCCCGGGACCUCCAUGACCAUAUUCUGGAAGAUCGAUGUGUCCAUGGAAGGAGUGGUAAAGCCAUCGCUUGAGCUCCUGCUGAAAAUGCCAGACCAGGCUCGGGAGUUUGACACCAAAAAAGUGAUGGAAAACGGCUCGAAUUACUUUCAGAGCCUCCUGAAGGUUCUCGGGGUGGAAGCGUCAAUCGAGGGCUUGAUAAGAACCGUAUGUUUGUGAGAAGUCAUAAAACAAGCCAACGUUCACGCCGUGGGAACUUCAUACCUAAUCUUUUUAUUCGAUAUAAACACCUGUACAAUCAGCCGUUAGGAACUACAUGGUGACGCCACCUGUACAUGUCAAUCAUUUUUUACGCAUGAUAGGCCCACGUUGCGUGGAAAUAUACAUUAUUAGACAAGAGCUAGAAAAAUAAAUAAUUUCAAAUACAAAAUGUUUGACUGCAAAAUCCACUUUGUAUUUUCAAAUAGUUAAAUUUUAACAUUAGAUUACAUCACUGUAACUGUGAUCUUCUUUUCUUUUCUUGCUUAAUAACAGAAUUAAAGUCCAUUCUUGCCUA